GCGCCUUUUUCCAUAAAAUUGGAACCACAAGUACUACCUUUUCUCUGAAUUUCAAAAAACAACACCAUGGAAAACUCAAAUAUCACUGUGACUAUACAAGAUAUCGCCAAGAUGAUCGAUCACUCUUUGUUGCAUCCGACAAUGACGGAUGAGGAUCUAAAACAAGGGUGCCAGCUCGCAAAGGACUUGAGCCUUGCCUCAGCGUGCGUCAAGCCUUAUGCAACCUCAAUGGCUAAGAACUAUCUAUCAGGAACUGACGUACUGGUUUGUCCUGUGAUUGGUUUUCCUGCUGGAAAUAGCUCUAUCCGAGUGAAAGUGUUCGAAGCUCAGCAAGUCGUCGAGGAGGGUGCCCAGGAAGUUGACAUGGUCGUUAACGUUGGAAAAGUUCUCGGAUUGCAAUGGGAUUACAUCUACGAAGAAAUCAACGCCAUCAAUUCUACUGUUGUUGCCGGUGGAGCUAUCCUCAAAGUUAUUUUUGAAACGGAUUAUUUGCAAAGUCAACAUAUCAUCAAAUUGUGCGAAAUUUGCUCAAAGAUUGGUGUAGCCUUCGUCAAAACAUCCACUGGCUACGGGUUCGUUAAACAGAACAAUGCAUAUAACUAUACAGGCGCAACCAUUGAAAACUUAAAGCUUAUGAGAGAGUACUGUCCUCCAAAUGUCCAGAUCAAAGCUGCAGGUGGUGUUCGUACGCUCGACGAUUUAUUGACGGUCAGGUCCAUUGGCGUUAGUCGCAUUGGGGCCACCGCGAGCCAAGCCAUCAUAGAUGAGGCUAUGAAGCGAGGAAUAUCAGAUACUCCAACUACUGUUACUUUUAUCUAUGGCCUUGGAGCAAAAUCUCAAUAAAUAAUAAAGUAUUACUCUGAAAGCUGAACA